ACCCAGGAGAUGAGCGCAAGCCCUGGAGAUUCCUGUCAUGCUUUGUCUUUGAAAACUAUGCCAAGACUCUUGUUUUGUUUUGAAAUGAGAUUGAUCAUUCCCGAUUGCUUGGAUGACUCAGAGUUUCCACUUUCUUCUGCACCGUAGAUUACACUGUGCAGUUCAAUGGUUCUCGCCACAGCUCUCGCAAACAGCGCGGCGGGGAAGCCCGCGGGCGGCCUCGGGGCUCCCGGGCGGUUCGGCGCCCAGGCUCGCUCUCCCUCGCGCUCUGGGCGGCGCGAGGCGCCCACUCGCGGCCCUGUCCCACUCGGGCGGAGGAACCCAGUUCCACACGUGGCGCUGGGGAAAAGGGCUGCCACUCCCCGCCUCUGCCGGCAGUGGUCGCCACGUCUUUCGAGGAGGACACCUUUGCGGGCCUCAGAGGGACGGUGACAAAUUGUGAAGGAGGUCACUCGCACCGCCUGCCGACACUGAGGCACAGGGGACGCUGAGCGGGAACGGAGCGGCUGGCAGCGCUGCCCGUUCCGCGAGCCCGCCGCCAGCCCCCUCGACGUCAGCGUCUGGCGAGGCGCCGCCGCCGACCAAUCGGGGUGAAGCUGAGUGCCGGGCGCCUACCGUGAUUGGCCCCGACCUGGAGGCGGCGGCGAGGGGGCGGGCGGUGGAGCCGGGCGGCUCUGCAGGACGCGUGAGGGAGGCUAGGCUCCGCCCUGCGGCCGCCGGCCCGGAGCGGCUGGCCCUGCGGAGAAGAGGUGUCACUAGAGGUUGUAGGUGUCGCCACCUGGGACUCCCUCCAGUUGGCGGAGCAGAAGGAAGGGGCCGGGCCGAUCCCCUCCCGCGCCCCGAAUGGAUGUGCCCGGCCCUGUGUCCCGGCGGGCGGCGGCGGCGGCGGCCACCAUGCUCCUGCGCACUGCGCGGGUCCCUCGCGAGUGCUGGUUCUUGCCCACCGCGCUGCUCUGCGCGUACGGCUUCUUCGCCAGCCUGCGGCCCUCCGAGCCCUUCCUCACGCCCUACCUGCUGGGGCCCGACAAGAACCUGACGGAGCGGGAGGUCUUCAAUGAAAUUUAUCCAGUUUGGACAUACUCUUACCUGGUGCUGCUGUUUCCUGUGUUCCUUGCUACAGACUACCUCCGUUAUAAACCUGUUGUUCUACUACAGGGACUCAGCCUUAUUGUUACAUGGUUCAUGCUGCUCUAUGCCCAGGGACUGCUGGCCAUUCAGUUCUUAGAAUUCUUCUAUGGCAUCGCCACAGCCACAGAAAUUGCCUAUUACUCUUAUAUCUACAGUGUAGUGGACCUAGGCAUGUACCAGAAAGUCACAAGUUACUGCCGAAGUGCCACCUUGGUGGGCUUCACAGUGGGCUCUGUCCUAGGGCAGAUUCUUGUCUCAGUAGCAGGCUGGUCCCUAUUCAGCUUGAAUGUCAUCUCUCUUACUUGUGUUUCCGUGGCUUUUGCUGUGGCCUGGUUCCUGCCCAUGCCACAGAAGAGCCUCUUCUUUCACCACAUUCCUUCUACCUGCCAGAGAGUAAAUGGCAUCAAGGUACAAAAUGGUGGCAUUAUUUCUAACACGCCAGCUUCUAACCACCUUCCUGGGUGGGAGGACAUGGAAUCCAAAAUCCCUCUAAAUUUGGAGGAGCCUCCGCAUGAGGAACUGGAGCCCAGGGCAGAUCGUCUCCUUGUGCUGAAGGUGCUGUGGAAUGACUUCUUGAUCUGCUACUCUUCCCGCCCUCUACUCUGCUGGUCUGUGUGGUGGGCCCUCUCCACCUGUGGCUAUUUUCAAGUUGUGAACUACACACAGGGCCUAUGGGAGAAGGUGAUGUCUUCUCGCCAUGCUGCAAUCUACAAUGGUGGCGUGGAGGCCGUUUCAACCUUACUAGGUGCUAUUGCUGUGUUUAUGGUUGGUUAUAUAAAAAUAUCCUGGUCAACUUGGGGAGAAAUGACACUAUCUUUGUGCUCUCUCCUGAUUGCUGCUGCAGUGUAUGUCAUGGACACUGUGGGUGACAUUUGGGUGUGCUAUGCAUCCUAUGUUGUCUUCAGAACCAUCUACAUGUUACUCAUCACGAUAGCAACUUUUCAGAUUGCUGCAAACCUCAGCAUGGAACGCUAUGCCCUAGUGUUUGGUGUAAAUACCUUCAUUGCCCUUGCACUGCAGACUCUGCUCACGCUGAUUGUGGUAGAUGCCAGUGGCCUUGGCCUACAAAUUGAGACUCAGUUCCUGAUCUACGCCAGUUAUUUUGCAUUCAUUGCUGUGGUUUUCCUGGUAAAUGGUGCAGUCAGUGUUAUCAAGAAAUACAGACAGCAGGAAGAUCAAGAAUCAAGUUCUGCAGUAACUGCUUCAUAAUACACUGCUGAAUGGGCUGCUUCUUAUGGCAAGAACUCUGCAUAGCAACUGCCUGGAUGUAUUUAAUUUUUUAAGGUUUAGGCAAAUAUUUAUGAAUAUGCAUAUUUCAUGGCUUCAAAGCAGCCACUUAACUAACACCUUAUAUUACUGGAGUAUUAUGGUCCUGUUGAGAGGAGCCAGCAGUGAAGUUUAAUUCAUGGAUUAUUUUUGAGAGCUAAUUUAAGGAUGACUUUUUUCUGAUUCAGAAGUGAACUUGAUUUUGAAAACUAAGUAAUCAAAAGCAGUCAAGCAGCACAUGUGUUAUAUACUUGAUUAGCAAAUGAGUUUGGUGUUGAAUAGGUCACAUGCACCUCUGUAUCCACUAGCUGGAGAUUUGGCCUGAUGGGACAGGGCUUCAAAGAAGCCACACGAUGUUACAAACCUUGAGAAAAAUAUGUCCUAUCAGCACCUGCCUCUAUUCAACUUCAUUCUAAUCUCUGUGUUACUCACAUGCAUUUGUGUUUCUACAGAUGACAGUUGUUCUAUCACUGGCAAUAUUUGCUCUGGUUUAAUGUUCUGUCCUGUAAGGAGUAUGUGUUCUCAUUUUUAAGUUAUUUUAAAAAAUUCAUUGUAUUAAUGUUUUUGGUUCCUAUCUUGACCAUKAUGUAUUUGAAAACUCUUUAGAAGUACAUUUUUUGCAUUAUUCUUAUGCUUCCCAGAGAAGCUCACUUAGAAAAGAUAAGUUUCAAGCUUUCUAGUAAUCUAAAUGAAGAGACAUAAUCAGUAGGUUUUUUUGUCUUUUGUAAUUCAAUAUGAAGGACUAUUAAUUCCAUGAUGAAAAACUCAUGUGGGUUAAAGAUACAACUAAUCCAUCUUGUUUUUUCAUUCCCUUUUUUUUCCAAAAAAAAAAAAAAAAAACAAAACAAAAACAAACAA